ACAUCGACAAGUAGAAGAGAACGUCUCCGAAGUGUGACGAUAUAAAAAAGAAGCUGGGUCUCACUUACAACUCAUACCUUUCUCGGCCUUUUGGCUAAGAUCAAGUGUAGUAUCUGUUCUUAUCAGUUUAAUAUCUGAUAUGUGGGCCAUCGGUCCACACGAUAUUAACUCUAUUUUUUAAGGGAGAAAGCCCACUAAGAUAGCUUGCUAUCUGGGCUUUCACGAGUCGCCCAUGCGUUGCACUACUGCACGGGCCUAGCUCAUCCCAUCAACAAAUAGUUGAAUCAUUCUUUAUCCAUUAGUGAAUAAUUAAUCCAUAAUACUGAAUGAAACCGAAACGAGGACGAGAUUAAACGAGCAUCCAAACGCCUCCAUUUUCUUAAACCCUCUACAUUGGCACUGAGCUUGAGACGGUGAGAAAUCAUAAAUCUGUGUGAGUGAUAAUGUCCGAUAAUCUGAAGCAUCCUCUCGAUUCUACAGUUAGUGAGGAAUCACUCGAGAGACUCUCAAAGGUUGCGAGAAUCGAGGGAUUCAGUGACGAAGAAGAAGCAGAGGAACAACAAGGAUUGGCCGACUCGGAGUCCAUGAACCCAGUAAACCCUAGAGUGCAGCGUUACUUGGUUGCCAUUGAGUACAUCGGAACUCGUUUCUCUGGUUCGCAACAGCAAGCUAAGGACCGCACCGUCGUCGGUGUAUUGCAGGAUGCUUUUCAUAAGUUUAUUGGCCAACCAGUGAAGAUCUUCUGCUCAAGUCGAACGGAUGCCGGAGUGCAUGCACUAUCAAAUGUUUGCCAUGUUGAUGUGGAACGCAUCAGUAAAAGAAAGCCUGGUGAAGUGUUACCACCUCAUGAGCCUGGUGUGGUCCAGAGAGCUGUGAACCAUUUUUUACAGAGAAAAGAUGGUGAUGUGAUGGUGAUUGAUGUUCGGUGUGUCCCAAGUAAUUAUCAUGCCCGAUAUAAGGCCCAGGAGCGCACAUAUUUCUACCGCUUGCUAGCGGGGUCAGAUCCAUUAUCAAUCCUUGAAAAAGACCGUUGCUGGCAUGUUCCUGAGGAGCUAAAUCCUCGGUCUAUGCAGGAAGCAUGCAGAGUUCUUGUUGGAUAUCAUGAUUUUAGCUCCUUCAGGGCAGCUGGUUGCCAGGCAAAGUCACCUAUGAGAUAUUUAGAUGAACUCAAUAUCACUGAAGUACCAUCAACUCCAUAUUUUCCAUCUAUCACGGAAAGGGCGUGGAGUAACUUAAACAAUGGAGAUCCUCUCGCAUGUUCCAGUCAACCCAAGUCUGAGACUGCUGGUGUUACUACUAAUGUUGGAGAAGUGGAGGGAUCUACAGAUGGUGAUUCUUUUGGUAGAAGGAGACGGCACCGCUGCUAUGUAGUUACAGCGCGUUCCCGGGGAUUUCUGUACCACCAGGUUCGACUGAUUGUAGGAGCACUGAAAUGCGUAGGCACUGGAGAAUUGACGGUCUCAGACGUUGAACGAAUCCUGGAGGCGAAGACAGUGAGUGCAGCCAAACCCAUGGCUCCUGCAUCUGGUCUGUAUCUUGCCCGUGUUAAAUAUGAGUUUCCAUGAAGAUUUAAGUUCACUUCAUUUCCGCAACAGUGGGAGAGGAGUUACCAAAAUUGGUUUUUGUUCAGAAGCUGAAUAGAGAGAGAUACUGAGUUCAUAUUUAGAGAUAUUUUGUUCCGCAACAGACGAUCUCUGGUUUUCUUCUAAAAGAUCCAAAAAGAUAAAACAAAAAAAAAA